CAGCCCAGAGUCUGAGCACGUCUUCUGUCACUCAGACCCUGAAGGGUCGGGACCUUAAACGUUAUCCAGUCAGAAACCCUGGGCUGCGAACCGUCCAAUCAGGCAUGCAGCUGGAGCAGACAAGACGGCUUCCGGGAUUUGGCGGCACUUUUGUGUCUCCCUGCAGCCGGAGGUCUAGGUCUCACUUUCUCUGCUGUGUCCUCUCCUCCUAGAGGCCCAGCGUCUGUGGCCUUGCGACCUGCAUAAAUUGGGAGAUCCGCAGCUAAGACGCUGGAACCCUCUGGAAGCCUAGAAAUGGGACUGUUGACAUUUAGGGAUGUGGCCAUAGAAUUUUCUCUGGAAGAGUGGCAAUGCCUGGAUGCUGCACAGCGGAAUUUAUAUAAAAAUGUGAUUUUAGAAAACUACAGGAACCUUGUCUUCCUGGGUAUUGCUGUCUCUAAACCAGACCUGAUCGCCUGUCUGGAGCAAGAAAAGGAGCCUUUGAUUAUGAAGAGAGAUGAGAUGGCAGAUGAACCCCCAGUAAUGUGUUCUCAUUUUGCCCAAGAGUUUUGGCCAGAGCAGAACAUAAAAGAUUCUUCUCAAAACAUGACACUGAGAAGAUAUGAACAAUGUGGAAAUGAGAAUUUUCAAUUAAACGGCUGCAAAAGUGUGGCUGAGUGUAAGGUCCACAAAGGAGGUUUUAAUGGACUUAACCAAUGUUUACCAACUACCCAGAGCAAGAUGUUUCCGUGUGAUAAAUAUGUGCGAGUCUUUCAUAAAUUUUCACAUGCAGAUAGACAUAAGAUCAAACAUAUGGAAAAUAAACAUUUCAAAUGUAAAGAAUGUGGCAAAUCAUUUUGCAUGCUUUCACGCCUAACUCAACAUAAAAGAAUUUAUACUAGAAUGAAUUUCUGCAAAUGUGAAGAAUGUGAAAAAGCUUUUAACCAAUCUUCAAAGCUUACUACACAGAAGAGAAUUUAUACUUGUAAGAAACUCUACAAAUGUCAAGAAUGUGACAAAGCUUUUACCCAAUUCUCAAAGCUUACUGCAUAUAAAAAAAACUAUACUCGAGAAAAAUCAUACAAAUGUGAAGAAUGUGGCAAAGCCUUUAAGUGGUUUUCACGCCUUACUACACAUAAGAGAAUUCAUACAGGAGAGAAACCCUAUAAAUGUGAAGAAUGUGGCAAAGCUUUUAAUCAUUUCUCAACUCUUACUACACAUAAGAGAAUUCAUACUGGAGAGCUACCCUACAUCUGUGAAGAAUGUGGUAAAGCUUUUAAACAAUCCUCAGCCCUUACUACACAUAAGAUAAUUCAUACCGAAGAUAAACCCUACAAAUGUAAAGAAUGUGGCAAAGCUUUUAAACAAUCCUCAGCCCUUAGUACACAUAAAAGAAUUCAUACUGGUGAGAAACCCUACAAAUGUGAAGAAUGUGGCAACGCUUUUAAACACUCCCACUCCCUUACUACACAUAAGAGAAUUCAUACAGGAGAGAAACCCUACAUAUGUGAAGCAUGUGGCAAAUCAUUUAACCGAUUCUCAAAUCUUACUGAACAUAAAAACAUUCAUACUGGAGAGCAACCCUACAAAUGUGAGGAAUGUGGCAAAGCUUUUAAACGAUCCUCAAAUUUUACUGAACAUAAGAAAAUUCAUACUGAAGAGAAACCCUACAAAUGUAAAGAAUGUGGUAAAGCUUUUAAACACUCCUCAGCCCUUACUACACAUAAAAGAAUUCAUACUGGUGAGAAACCCUACAAAUGUGAAGAGUGUGGAAAAGCUUUUUACCGAUCCUCAAAACGUUCUGAACAUAAGAAACUUCAUACUGGAAUGAAACCCUACAAAUGUGAGAAAUGUGGCAAAGCUUUUAAUCAGUCCACAUCCCUUACUACACAUAAGAGAAUUCAUACUGGAGAGAACCUCUACAAAUGUGAAGAAUGUGGCAAAGCUUUUACCCAAUCCUCAACUCUUAUUACACAUAAGAGAAUUCAUACAGGAGAGAAACCCUACAAAUGUGAAGAAUGUGGCAAAGCUUUUACCAAAUCCUCAACUCUUACUAAACAUCAGAGAAUUCAUACCGGAGAGCAACCCUACGUCUGUGAAAAAUGUGGCAAAGCUUUUAAUCAGUUCUCAACUCUUAAUACACAUAAGAAAAUUCAUACAGGAGAGAAAAUCUACAAAUGUGAAGAAUGUGGCAAAGCCUUUAAUCAUUUCUCAACUCUUACUACACAUAAGAGAGUUCAUACUGGAGAGCUACCCUACAUCUGUGAAGAAUGUGGCAAAGCUUUUACCCGACCCUCAAUUCUUACUGCACAUAAGAUAAUUCAUACCGGAGAGAAACCCUACAAAUGUAAAGAAUGUGGCAAAGCUUUUAAUCACUCCCACUCCCUUACUACACAUAAGAGAAUUCAUACCGGAGAGAAACCCUACAAAUGUGAAGAAUGUGGCAAAGCUUUUCACCGAUCCUCAAAUUUUAUUGAACAUAAGAAAAUUCAUACUGAAGAGAAACCCUACAAAUGUAAAGAAUGUGGCAAAGCUUUUAACCGAUCCUCAAAACUUACUAAACAUAAGAUAGUUCAUACCGGAGAGAAACCCUAUAAAUGUGAGAGAUGUGACAAAGCUUUUAACCGAUCUGAGAACCUUGCUAGACAUAAAAAAAUUCAUAUUGGAGAGAAAAUCCAGAAAACUGAAAGAUUGAAUUUCUACAAAUGUGAAAAAUGUGAAAAAGCUUUUAACCAGUCUUCAAAGCUUACUACACAUAAGAGAAUUUAUACUUGUGAGAAACUCUACAAAUGUCAAGAAUGUGACAAAGCUUUUAACCAAUUCUCAAAGCUUACUGCAUAUAAAAAAAAUUAUACUCGAGAAAAAUUAUACAAAUGUGAAGAAUGUGGCAAAGCCUUUAACCAGUCCUCAACUCUUACUACACAUAAGAUAAUUCAUACAGGAGAGCAACCCUACAUCUGUGAAGAAUGUGGCAAAGCUUUUACCCAAUCCUCAGCUCUUACUACACAUAAGAGAAUUCAUACCAGAGAGAAACCCUACAAAUGUGAAGAAUGUGGCAAAGCUUUUAAACACUCCUCCUCCCUUACUACACAUAAGAGAAUUCAUACUGGAGAGAAACCCUACCAAUGUGAAGAAUGUGGCAAAUCUUUUAACUGAUCCUCAAAUCUUACUGAACAUAAAAACAUUCAUACUGGAGAGCAACCCUACAGAUGUGAGGAAUGUGGCAAAGCUUUUAAACGAUCCUCCAAUUUUACUGAACAUAAGAAAAUUCAUACUGAAAAGAAACCCUACAAAUGUGAAGAAUGUGGCAAAGCUUUUAAACACUCCUCAGCCCUUACUACACAUAAAAGAAUUCAUACUGGUGAGAAACCCUACAAAUGUGAAGAAUGUGGAAAAGCUUUUUACCGAUCCUCAAAACGUUCUGAACAUAAGAAACUGCAUACUGGAAAGAAACCCUACAAAUGUGAGGAAUGUGGCAAAGCAUUUAAUCAAUCCACCUCCCUUACUACACAUAAGAGAAUUCAUACUGGAGAGAACCUCUACAAAUGUGAAGAAUGUGGCAAAGCUUUUACCCAAUCCUCAACUCUUACUACACAUAAGAGAAUUCAUACAGGAGAGAAACCCUAUAACUGUGAAGAAUGUGGCAAAGGUUUUAAUCAAUUCUCAAAACUUAAUGAACAUAAGAUAAUUCAUACUGGAGAGAAACCCUACAAAUGUGAGAGAUGUGACAAAGCUUUUAACCAAUCUGCGAACCUUGCUAGACAUAAAAAAAUUCAUAUUGGAGAGAAAAUCUACAAAACUGAAAGAUGUGACAAUGAUUUUGACAACAGCUUAAGCUUUUCUAAAUAUAAAGAAAGUCGUACUGGUGAAACAUACUAGAAAUGUAAAGAAUGUGUCAAAGACUUUAAAUAGUUUUCACACUUGUUUGUACAUAAAAUAAUUCACACUGGAGAAAACUAGGUGUGAAGUAUUUGGCAAUACUGUUAAUGCCCAAAUCUUAUUGCACAGGAAAGCAUUUAUACUUGAGAGGAAUUGUACAAAUACAAAGAAUAUGGAAUAGCCAUUAAGAUCUGCUCACAUCUUACCCAAUAUCAGAAUGCUGGGACUUAAUAAAAGCAUUAUAAAUGCAAUUACUGUCAAGAAAAAAAAUAUAACCCUUUAAAGUUAAGCAUAUUCAUUUUGAAGACAUAUUAAAAACAAAGAAGGUUGUAGUACAUUUCAUGUAUCACAGAUCUUAUCACCCACAUUUUGUACUAGAGAAAAACCCUGAAGCAGUUGCUGAAACUUUAUUCAACAUCAGGCAUUCUGUAUUGGAGAAAAACUCUGCAAAUGUAAUAAAUUUGGAAAAACCUACUUAUCAAAACCUAUAGCUUAGAAAACACAAGAGAGUUUAUACUAAAAUAUGUUUUUGCAGGCCAGAGCACUUUGGGAGGCUGAGGCAGGUGGAUCACCUCAGGUCAAGAGUUUGAGACUAGCCUGGUUGACAUGGUGAAGCCUCAUCCCUACAAAAAAUACAAAAACUACCCAGGCAUGGUGGCUGGUGCAUGUAAUGUAUUCCCAGCUACUCAGGAGGGUGAGGCAGGAGAAUCGCUUGAACCUGGGAGCAGUGAGCCAAGAUUGUGCCCUUGCACUCCCACCUGGGUGACAAGAGUGAAACUCUGUCUUAAAAAAAAUAUAUAUAUAUAUAUAUAUAUACACACACACAUAUACAUAUAUUUGCAGAUGCAGUAAAUAUAAAACUUUUAAUACAAAGUUUAUGUCAAUAUCAGAUAACUUACAGUGAAAAUAUCUAAGGCAGUGACUGAGACAUUACAGUAAAUCAGAGUGCUGAGUAUAAAAAAUCAUCCAGAGCUAAAGUUGGUAGAUAAAUCAUUUAUAUAUAACUGUAAAAGAUGCAAAAAGUAUUUUGGUAAAGUUAUAAUUACAUUCAAAGUACACUUUUAGCAUGGUGGCUCACACCUGUAAUCCCAGCACUUUGGGAGGAUGAGGCAGGUGGAUCACCUGAGGUGAGGAGUUCGAGACCAGCCUGAUCAAAAUGGAGAAACCCCAUCUCUACUAAAAAUACAAAAUUAGCUGGGCGUGGUGGCACACACCUGUAAUCCAGCUACUUGGAGGCUGAGGCAGGAGAAUCGCUUCAGUCCAGGAGGUGGAGAUUGUGGUAAGCUGAGAUCAUGGCAUUGCACUUCAGACUGGGCAACAAGAGCAAAACUUCAUCUAAAAUAAAUUUAUAUUUAUAUACCUUUAAAAAAAAAGAUUUGUAACAUGAAUAGUGUCAUAAUUUCAACUGUCAAAUUACUUCAUGCUCUUCAUUCCUAUUGUAUGAGACUUUAAAAUUAGGAGGGAAUUCGUUACGAUCUUUUAUAUGGAAGGGUAAGGGCAUUAAAAUGUAAGACAAACGAUAAAUAUCUAAGUUGAGAGGCUCUUUUUAACAUAGGUGGUGCCUGAGGUAGGUGUUCAGAAUAAUAUUCUGCAUUAUAGUGAGGAAAAAACAUUUUAUUUUUGUUUGUUUUUUUUUGAGAUGAAGUCUCUCUCUGUCAUCCAGACCGGAGUGCAGUGGUGCAAUCUCGGCUCACUGCAACCUCCAUCCACCUCCUAGGCUUCAAAGGAUUCUCCAGCCUCAGCCUCCUAAGUAGUUGGGAUUACAGGUGUGUGCCACUACGCCCAGCUAAUUUUUGUAUUGUUAGUAAAGCCAGGGUUUCACCAUGUUUGUCAGGCUGGUCUCAAACUCCUGACCUAGUGAUCCACCAGCCUCAGCCUCCCAAAGUGUUGGGAUUACAGGCCUGAGCCACGGUGCCUGGCCAAAAAAAGCAUUUUAAAUUUUAGUUGAAAGUAGUAGUAUAUAAUUUUACUAAUUGUACUGUUAUGUAAUAAAAUGUUGUAUAUUCUUAAAAUUUUUUUAAUUAUGUGAGAGCUUAAUUUUUUUAAACUUUUAUUUAUCAAUGUUUAAAGAAUUCUGUCUUUAAUAAAGUGUUAAUAUUCCACUACCUUUUUCUUUUCUUUUUUUUUUUUUUUUGAGAUGGAGUUUCACUCUUGUUACCCAGGCUGGAGUGCAAUGGCGCAAUCUCGGCUCACCGCAACCUCUGCCUCCUGGGUUCAGGCAAUUCUCCUGCCUCAGCCUCCUGAGAAGCUGGGACUACAGGUGCGUGCCACCAUGCCCAGCUAAUUUUUGUAUUUUUAGUAGAGACGGAGUUUUCACCAUGUUGACCAGGAUGGUCUCUCGAUCUCUUGAUCUCGUGAUCCACCCACCUCGGCCUCCCAAAGUGCUGGGAUUAUAGGCGUGAGCCACCGCGCCCGGCUCCACUACCUCUUUCACCUUCCUCAAGGGUGUAGGCAAAAGCUGGUAACAAUAUACUAUUUGGUAACAUUAUGAACAAAUAUUUCUAGUAAUUCCUUUUGCCAGUGACGUGAAACAGCAAGGAGGUUAAAGAAUAUUGUUCCCAUAGGUUCAAUAUUUUUUCAUAAAUUUAUACUUUCUAAUUUUUGUGGAUACAUUGUAGGUCUAUAUAUUUAUGCCAUAUAUAGCAUACUUUGAUACAGGUGUACAGUAUGUAAUAAUUACAUCAGGGAAAAUGAAGUAUUCAUCAUCUCCAGCAUUAAUCCUUUGUAUUACAAGCCAAUUCUACUGUUUUCGUUUUUUUAAAUGAACAGUUGUUAUUGACUACAGGUCUAUUUUUAUGAUUAUAAUAAAAAUUAUAUAGAAGUAUAAAAUCCACACACGCUGAGUCCUGAAUAAACAUUAAAAAAUUGUUAUAUAGUUUUGAACAUGUGGCCUCUCUGCCUGCAAACACAUACAGAUUCUUAGUUUUGAUUUACAUAAAGUUAAAUAUACAUAUGCAUUACUUUUAAGUUAAACCUUAGGUAUAAGAAAAUUUUGGGUUGGGCCGGUGGCUCACGCCUGUAAUCCCAGCACUUUGGGAGGCCGAGGCGGGUGGAUGACGAGGUCAAGAGAUCGAGAUCAUCCUGGUCAACAUGGUGAAACCCCGUCUCUACUAAAAAUACGA